AUGGUAAACUACCCGAAGACGAGAAAGACUCACUGCCAGAAGUGCAAUGCUCACGAAGUGCAUAAAGUAUCUCUCUAUAAGAAGAGCAAGGAAAGACCAGCUGCUCAGGGUGCCCGUAGGUAUAAGAGAAAGCAGAAGGGAUUCGGUGGUCAGACUAAGCCUAUUCUGAGGAGGAAGGCAAAGACCACGAAGAAAGUCGUUCUGAAGAUGGAGUGCUCUAAGUGCAAGAGAAAGCAGUGCAAAGUGUUCAAGAGAGCAAAGCACGUAGAAAUCGGAGCACAGAAGAAGGCAAAGGGAGAGGCACUGAACUACUGA